GCCUCGUGCAAAACGGUUCAUUUCUCGUCCAGCUAACGCUUCUGCUUUCUGUGUGGGUGGUUGUGAGUGUGCGUGCUGGCCAAAUGUCUGAGUAGAGAAAAAAACAUAGUUAUUGGCCAUAAAGCUUUUAGCACACAGCACUUGUUGUUUUUUGCGAAUAGAAAAUUUUUGUAGCAAAACGAUUUUUCGCACUUGUCGCGGAGUUUUGUGUAAGGAGUGCAAGGACGAGUGAUUGUGUUCAGUGUCGCUUCUGUUGCCUUGGUUGCCUCACCAGCACACACGCACACACAAAGCAUACAAGCUCACUUCAUCACACAUACACACACUCACACUCACAUUACCAUCCUUGGAGAAAAGUGAAAGUGAGACGCCCCAGCGACCCGGAAAUCGGACAGCUCGGUAUUUUUCGCAUUUGGCGCACAACUUGGCUGGAAAAAAGUUAGUGGAAAACCCCCAGCUGCGAAAGUUUCAACAAAUUUUCCACACGUUAACCGAAAUCCAAUCAAAUUUUACCCCCCCCCUAAGUCCACAUCUUCUAUCUCCUUCUCAACUUUCUCUUUUACUCUCUCUUUUUGAUUUAUGCGUGGCACAUACAACAUUUUCUUACUUUUUUUCAUUUUCAUUUUUCUUUUUUUUUUUUGUUUUUUGGCACACACUUAUACACAGCACAAUUUUGGUAUCCAACACCCCUCCGCCCACAAACCCUUUUUAACCUUCAAUUUUUUAGCAUGCUGUAAAUUGUACCGAAAAACACGAGAGUUUUUAUUCAAUUUUACCAAAUCACUUUUUUGUAAAUAUGUAUUGUUUUAAAUAUUGUCUUGGCGCAAUGGUUUUUGUAUACGAUUUUUCCUACUUUGCUCACCUUUUUUUGGAAUUGCAGUCGAAAUGAUUUAAUAUUAAGUUAGCAAACGGAUUUCAGCAAUCCGUUGCUGAAAACAUUAAUAAACUAAAAAAAAAAAGAAAGAUGUAUGUGUAAAAUAAGAAGAAGACGUUUAAUAUAAAAGAAAGAAAAUAUCUGAGGGAGAGGGGCCAGAAAUCGAAUUCACACUGCAACAGUAAACCCAGAUGCCCGAGGCAUUGAUUCUACCCGGCAUGGCUGACGCAGAGCCGGACCUCUCGACGUUCGAGAACAAGACGGGCCUGGCGGAGGACAUGAAGUUCCUGGCCUCUAUGCCCGAGCUGUGUGACGUAACGUUCCUGGUGGGGGACACCCGUGAGCCCGUCUGCGCCGUAAAGGCUGUUCUGGCAUCCCGUUCCCGGGUGUUUGCCAAGAUGCUCUAUGCUGCCCCCUCGCCGCAGCGGAAAAGGGAGACCUCCACCAAAGAGAACAAGCUGCGCCUCUUCCUGAAACGCUCUUCGGAGCCCCUGCUCAAUUUGCAGAAUGCCGCACAACAGAGAACCGGUUUCACCCAACAAUUAGCUCCGAUACCCGAGCCCUCAGGUCAGCAGCAUCAGACACUGAUCAUUGAGGAGUUCGAACCGGAUGUGUUCCGCCAACUGAUCGAGUAUAUCCACACGGGCUGUGUCACCCUGCAGCCUCGGACUCUGCUGGGUGUCAUGAAUGCUGCUGAUUAUUAUGGCCUUGAGGAACUGCGUCGCGCCUGUGCAGGAUUUGUGCAGUGCUGCAUCAAUGUGGACACUGUUUGCGCCCUUUUGGCCUCCGCAGAGCGUUAUAUCCAGUACAAGUGCACGAAGACCUUGGUGCAAAAGGUUUUGGAGUUUGUAGAUGAACAUGGAACUGAGGUCCUCAACCUGGGCAGCUUCACCCUGCUGCCACAGCAUGUGGUUCGCCUGAUUUUGGCCAGGGAGGAGCUGCGCGCCGAUGAGUUCACAAAGUUCCAGGCGGCACUGAUGUGGAGCAAGAAGUAUUACGAUAACAAUCCGAACAUUGACAUUAAGGAGAUUCUGGGGACAUUCUGCGAGUACAUCCAGUUCCACAAGAUUCCUGCUAAUGUGCUGAUGCGGGAAAUCCAUCCGCUGAAUCUCGUUCCAUAUGCGAUCAUCAUGAACGCUUUGGCUUACCAGGCAGACCCAGAAAGCAUCGACCCCGGAAAGCUGUCUCCCAACUCUAGCCGACAGCACCAUCGCCACCGUCACCACCACCAGUCGUUGCCCAAGAUCCGAAAGGCCAAAUCGCAGUCCUUCCGCACGCGACGCAGUCCCUCGGAACGGCGGAGUCCUAAUAAUGCCCCAAAUCUCACCCUGAAUACCUCGCUGUCCUCCGGCAAUGGCGAGAAGAAGCGCAGCCCCUUGACACCGAAGAGUCCGGUAAUGCCAGUUCCAGAGUCUAAAAGUCCGGGCAGCAGUUCCCAGAAGACGCCCACGUCGCUAUCACGCCAGGGAACUUUGCGUGCCUCGAAUCGACGAAAGAACAGUGGACAGCUUUCCAUAUCUCUGGGUAACCAAGGUCGGCGUAGUCCUGUGGGUCUCAACGAUCGCAGUCCACAAGGACGUCGAAGUCCGCUCUUCCCAGGCAGUGGAUUGAGGUCACCAAAUGAUCCGAUGACCAGUCCCACACUUAGAAGUCCCACUGGAGAGCCUCGGAGAAGUAGUCCCACAUUCAGUGUGCACACACAGGAACGCCGUUCGCCAUUGGGUGCAGUGGCUCCCACAGAUUUCGGUUGCCAAUUUGGAUUACCUAGCACUCGCAGAAGUCCCACAUCGACAGUUCAUGUCCAGGACAUGGCGACUGAGCCGGAAGAGGCAGGAUUCGUUGGUCUUAAGCGGCCAUCGAUCAGCCUCUUCACACCCAUAUAUUUUGCCAGCGAGAAACGCUCUCCAAUGGGUCCGAUACCACCAAUAACAGUCUCUAAUCCCGCCGAGACUUACAAAAGCGCAGAACGCGAAAGAGAGGCGGCUGAGGCAGCUGCCCGGGAAAAGGAGAAGGAGAAGGAAAAGGAGGCAGCCCAGCCGCAGGAGAAGAAGAGUGUGAUGCGUGAGAUUCUGGCCUUUGUGAGGAAACCAUCGAAACAUCUAAGUAGCCGAACCAACCGAUUUGCCAAUGCCUUUACGCGAGCGGAAUCCGGUUCUUCCGGUGGUCCCUUGAUCCGGCAGAGUACAUUCUCAGCCAGUCCAGCGGCUUCUUCAACAGCUGCCAAGAGUGCUGUUCAAAAGCAAAUGUCCGAGGUGGGCUUUGAGCCGAAGAUAUCCCAGAAGUUCACCCACUACGCCAAGAUGUCUCUGAGGCUAAGGAGAUCGACGAAACGCGACGACGACGAGAAGGAGAAACAAAAGCAGAGUUCAGCCUCCGGAUCCAAGAGACCCAGUGCGGAUCUGAGUCAGGUCAACACGGAGCAACAGGUAGGUGGAGCAUCGGACGAACUGCCCUUCGAGCUGGCCAAUGUCCACUUCGAGAAGGUAGGUGAGUCCUAUAUCAAGCAUGAGAGACUCCGUGAAUUGCAAGAACCCGAGGCCGAGAAGGAGGAGGACACCGAAAAGGAAGCGGAAGCCGAAACGGAGGUGGAACAAACCGAUGCAGCCAUGGCCCAGUUCGUUGAAGAGGUCACCAAUUCGCUAAAAGUAGUCGCACUCAACGGAGAGGGCGGGGCUGCUGCAGUGCAUCAUUUUACCCGACGAUCGGAGAGCCGGGAACCCAUUGAGCCGCGUAUUAGCGAGGAAAGAGAAUCAGAUUCCAAUGAUUUAAUGAUACCCGAUGAAAUGCGCGCAGAACUGGUAGAGAUCUUGAAGGCCUACGCCCCAGAACCAAUUUAUGUGAAUCUGCAGGCACUGCGGCGGGAGACCGAAGAUGGGGAUCUGGCCAUCGCCCAAGCUGAAGCCGCAGCUUUGGCGGCGUCUGAGCCCGUUAAGAAGCCGCUGCAGUGUCCUACCAUCGAGUUUGAGCCGCCGUCACGACGCUCCUCCUUCGAUCCACCGCGUUCCCCAUUUCUCGAACAGCUUCGCAGUCCCGGAGUGGACACGGAAACUGAUCUGAUUAAUCUCCAACGUCUGGAUUCCGGGGGCGAUAGCUUUGAGCUAGUGGAGAGCAAAUGGAGCAAGUCCAGUCGCGGGGAAUCUAGUUUCGAUUGUCCUUAUUCCUCCAGAGACACCAGCUUUGAUGUUUCCAUUUCGAGGUAUCAGUCCACUAGCUAUGACGAUCAGACCUCUAGCUUUGAGAUCGUAGAUACCGAUGAGAAAGGUCAGGGCAGAAGACCCGUGGACUUAAGAAAAAGCUCCAUUGAGCUGGUUGAUGCGGAGACCUUUCAAAGAUCAGGUUCCUCCUGUGGUGGUCGCAAGUCCUCGCUGGAGACUCACUUUGAUUACACGCCCACCGAGGGCGGAGGUCGUUCGCCCAGCCUUCCAUUUCCGGCGAUGAGCAAGAAACAGCGCACGGAGAACUUCCGCCAGCUGCAUGUCUCCCAGUUUAGUGCCUUCUCCCGGGCACGUAGUCCGUUGUCCCAGCAGACCUCCUCGAACUAUAGCUCCAGGGAUAGCUACGAUUCCAGUGGCUCCUAUCCCCAUGGCUAUGGCUAUCCCCCGGAACCCCAGAGGAGUCCAUAUGGUGACCCGAGUCGCAAACAUUUUCCCCUAACAGUCCGACAAAAGGGCGAGGAGGAGCGGGAAGUACGCACAUUCCUUUGCACGGAUCAAAGAUGUGCCUCGAUCUUCGAGCCGCGCCCCAGUUCCGUGCUAACCCAGCAGUUGUCCACCGGGUCCAUGUCCACGCCAUCGGGCUAUACAAAUGGUACACCCAGAGUUCCAGGCGCUGCUGCGGUUGGACCAGUUCCCCUGCCUCAUCCCGUGGGACCGCUCUCCUCUUGCGGCUUCUCCAGCGGCAGUGAAUUCGAGCCACCGUCUCCUCGACGGGCGGCCAGCGCCUCGCCCAAGCACACCUUCACAUUCCGCAUUGUAAUGAAGAAGGUGGACAGUUCACCAGAGGCGUUGUGCCCAGAAAGACAUCGCUCGAGGAUUAUAGAUCGUUACAGAAGGCGCGACAGUCGCAGGAAGCGCAUCCAUGAUGCGGGAAAAAGCUUCUAAUGGGGGAAGUAGGGAAUGGAAUGUGGGUGGCAACCAGUGAUGGGAAUGGUAAUUUAGAUAGGAAACAUAACCACGAAGGGCAAUAUAGUUAAAUAUAAAUCAAAAUAUUUGUCGAUCCACAGAAAGUUGAUUAAAUUUAAUUCCAAAAGUUAGUUUUAACAAUAACUGCCUUUUAUGUCCCCACAAGGGAUAUUAUAAUAAUAUUCCAAAAAUAUGCAAUAAUCACAACCGUAAUUAAAAACAUUAAAUCAAAUCAAAAGCUGGGUAUUUAAAGCCGAAAACCUUUAAAUCUAAUAGCAUAUUGCUAGGGAAGCAAACUAAACCCAUUAAGAAGCCUUUCAAUGUUCAAUAUACAUAAGAUAAACAUAACUUAUAAAAUCCGAAUUAAAACUUAAAUCUAAAUGAUUGAAUUUCAAGUACCUGUAAUGUAUGCUUAUAUACGAAAAGUCAUAAAAUACCAUGAUUUGUCGGUUAUAGGAAUAAUGAAUUUCAUUUUUAGCUAGCUCCCAACUUCCCAUCACUGGUAACAAACAAGUUGAACCUCAAAAUACUAGAAACAUUCGCGGCAAUCUCUUGAUAUCUCUACGAUACGCAUAUAUUUUUGACAAUCUCAGUGUUGAAUCUAUAUAUAUAUAUAGGACCUCUUAUAAUCGUAAUCUUCUAGGAUUAAGAACGACACCGAACUACAGGCAAUUCGGUAAUCAAACUUUAUAAAAUGGUUCUGGUUUUUAGGCCGUUUCAAAAGCUCUACCAAAAGCAUGAACUUCGGCCCACCGAAGUCAGUCGAUCCAGUUAAUCCCGCCUUAUCGGGUAUAUCUGGUACUUAUGAUCUCUGCUGAUUUUGUGAAGCAAACACUCAUUAGAUCCAUGGUUGGUUAUAACCAAAACCAAUGGCAGCUAGGCAGCUAAACUUAGAUUAUAUCAAAUGUACAUUCUAAAUAAUUAACAAACUUAUGCGCAACAAUAAUUCCUCCCACGAUUUACCUGACUACUAUUUAAACAAACAAUAGAUCAAAAGUUUAUAUGUAUACAUGUGCAUAAGAGUUCACACUUCGAUGUUGUAAUUAAUGUGUAAUUAAAUGUGGAAACCGAAAUCAGAAACAGAAAUCAGAAAGAGAUAAUAUUCUAAGUAUUUGUGCAUUUUUACGUGGUUCCUGUUAUAUAGCUAUAAUUAUAUGCGUUAUCAAACGCGAGUAUUACAAAUUUUUGAUGGCAUAAUAUAAUCGAUAUACAUUACAUAUAUGAUUCUAAAAUAACCUAAGGAUUAUUACAAAUUUAAAUCUAACCGAACUGCGCUGCUAUUGCAAGAGGUCAGAAAAGUUUUUCUAGUUCACAUCCUAAGACUAAGAUCAGAGCAAAAUGAUGCGCAUAUCAUCUGGUAUGCGCAUGUUUGUAUAUUAAAGCUGGAUUUGGGGCCGUACUUAAAUCUAAAUAAAAAUUUAGGAAAAAAGAGGAAUCAACUUUAAAAAGAAUAAAGAAAGUUAGAGGUGGAUAAAAAUUGUAUUACCAAAUUAAUAUUUAUUGUUAAACUCUGAGCAAGAUUUUUGGACUCUGUGUUUGUUAGUUAAAAAAUUAAACCCUCUAUGUAAAAUUCUAAAUUUAAGAAUGGAUUAUCUACAGAAUCAUAAUUUACAAAGUAUAUACAUCGUAUGUAAUAUUGUAAGAGAUAAAUGAUACGUUGGCUUUUUAGCAAAUUACUCGUAAGAAGAAAGAUAUCAGCAUUUUACAGGUAAUUACGCUUCAUGAGCAUUUAAUUCCAUCUGAAUGGUAACUAAACGUAAUGAUAACCACACAUCAAUUGCCACCAGCCGACAUCUUGGAUCUGGGAGAAUCCAUCGAUCCAGAUACUCAAGAUUCUACACUCGUAACUAAUCGGAAUGCCAGUAGUAGAAACGUUGAUAUUUUGAUUUGUAGUUGCUUGUUUUGAAAACUAACCAACAGUCGCUGACCAAAUCGCUUGAUCGCAGUUAUAUUUUCAAUCGAUUUUCCUUUACUCCUCUGAAUGCUUGUGAGAGGUAGUCGAGUGGUAAUAAUGGUGACUUGUAGCGAUUCGAAUCUCGGACAGAGCACCCAACUACAAUUUCACAAUGCCAACUUCUUCUAUUUGCAGAGCCAGUUUACGUUUACAGUGUUCCAGAUGGAUCGGAUGUGGAUUUAGCCCAGAUUCCUUGCUCCAGCAUAUAUACCACGUUAUUUAGUAUACCCUUUGUCCGGGUUUUUGCAUUCAGAGGAUGUCGUUGUCGUGGCAUUUGUUAGACUAAGUCAAGUUCCAGUUCAAAUCGAAUCGCGUU